GCUCGUUUAGUGUCUUCGAUCUGUUUGUCUGUGUGUGUGUAUUUGUGUGUUCCUUUUUACAUGUACAUAAAACAGACAUUGACACACACGUACACACAUACACACACACAUACACAUAUGCAUUUAACUAACGGACAACCAGGUAACAGGAAUUUUAACCCUACCGAUUUUCCAUACCUGCCAUUUUUACCUUUGCCAAACUCUUUCCAUCUUUCAUUUUUCAAUUAUUAGUGAUUAAGUUUGAUUUAAAAAAAUUGCUAAUUUUACACGAGAUUCUGGUCUUUUAAUUAUAUUGGUGAGGUUCUUAAUUUGCUGUCAUUGGGCAGAUUUUCAACAUGCAAUUUCUGGUGUCAGCCUGUCUCAAUACUGUCGUAACUAAAUAGUGAACGAUACUUCAGUAUUUGCUACAAAAAACAUUAAGGAGACAGUGCAGUGAUUUUGUUUCAAUGUAAUGAUUUUCCUCAUCUCACCUGCUCACUAGCCUUAGUCCAUUUGCUCUGUUAUGGAUCACUCCAUGUUUUUAUUGAGUGUUUCAUUUUCUUCUGUCACUUUAUAUAGUUUCUCACAUUCUGCCUAAAUUUAUCUGUUCAUCUAACACCUUUCAGACAAGCCCUCAGCUCAUCUGCUUCUCAUCUUUGCUUGGUCUUUCUUGGUUUUUGACGUCCAUGGCUACUGUAUGACUUUAAGCUUAUUACAGAAUGAAAACUUUUUUCUUCCCAUUUUCAGUUAUUUAUACCCCUUAAAUGAUCCUCCUUGAAUUGAACUGCUUGCACUUCAUUUUAUACAAUCUUUUAUUUAUUUUUUUGAAAUGCAUUUCAUUGUUUUUACUGACAAGUAAUUUAAAAUUUUAUUGUAGACAUAUAAUGUUGAAUGUAAAAAACAGGAUUGAUUUUUUCCUUCCUUCUUAAUUUAUUUAUUUUAAUUUACUGCCUUAACUUAACUUAAUUGGUAAAUGCUAAUUUAAAUAUAAUAAUAAGAUGCUUAUUCAUAAAACGAUGUUGAGUCACAACUUAAGUUGGAAGGAAAUUUAAACAUCUCAUUCUUUUUUAUAUUGCUUUUGAGAUCAUGUUUUCCUUUUAAAAUCUUAAUAAAAUAUAUAAUUUCUGCUAUUUUGAAUUCUCUUUAUGUGAUUUACACUUUUGGACAUCAUUUACUUCUACAUCUUAAUUUUUUUUUCUCAAAUAUGGACUUUAUGAAAAGCAAACAAACAAAGCAUCAUCUUAUUUGCCUGUUAUUUGGCAAAAUGGACAUGUUGAAGGAAGGCAACCAUCUUGUCUUUUGUUUUUGAAUUCGUGCAUUCGCCCACUGUCUUGUCUAUCACAUUUUUUCUAAACAUUAUCCAAAUAAUAAUGGUGAAAUACCACAGGACAGUUAGACUGUGUUACGAAGAGGAUCCAACAAAAGACUUGACUGGAUAUCUAAAGCCGUGAUGUUUUGAAAACAUCCAAGUGGACUCUAUCAAGCAACUUUGUGGACAUGUUUGCAGAUGAAUAUGAACUUUUAAGCUUAACUAGAAACACACUUUAUCAUCAUCUUUUUGCCAACUUCUUAUGAUUUAUUACUUUUUCGUAGCUGAUGUAGGCCCGACAGUUGUCCUGAUCCAUUUUAAAUUUAAAUCCAUUUUAGGUGAACUGUUUCUUUGAGUGACUAAAUAACAAUCCCAUAUCUCAAACAUUUAAAAUCUCAUGUGUCGUUUUGUUUUAUUUUUUCAAUUGUGAACCAGGAUUUUUUUCUUAUUAGUUUUGAUAUAUAAAAUUCUCUCUGCUGCAUCAUCCAGUCUGGAUUUACAGUAGGGACCAAAACUUUCGACUACCCUUUUUAUCUGACAGUCAUCUGUCUCGCCAGCCUUUCUUUUUACUACCAAUUCCUCAUCUAUUUCAACGGUCAGUCACUCCUUCAUCCAGGGCUAUGAGAGGAAGAGAUAAAACCAAGCUCACAUCAUCAUGCUGGAGUUGAGGAGAGAAAAUGGGAGUUGGGCUGGCAAUGUUCAAGGGACUGUAUCUUCACUCCUCCGCCAUGCUUGUCAGCCUCUACGUCUCCUCUUUCCCCUCCAAUCGCCGGAUCCUGUCUUUUGUCUCCCUUACUUCCUCCAAACCACCCCUCUCCUUCUCACUUCUGCUCCUCUCUCUCCUCUUCUUACCUACCUGCGAGUCUCGCCGUGGAGGCGGGAUCGGGACACCAGUCGGGGGCAUGAGUGGCGGCGACCGUGGCCAAUCAAUAAUCAGCCCUCCUCAUUAUCCUCCACCCGGAGUCAGUCCAGUGGCUCCUCCGUUGCCACCAAAGUUUGCUCAAGGCCUUAGCAUUGCGGUGAUCCUUGUGGGAAACUCAAGCGAGGUCUCUCUCUCUGAAGGUCUGGAGAAAGAGGACUUUCUACAUGUCCCUCUCCCUCCUAAAGUAGAACUGGUCACAAUGAACGAAACGGACCCCAAGAGCAUCAUAAACCGCAUCUGUGCUCUUAUGUCACGGAACUGGCUCCAGGGUGUGGUGUUUGGGGACGAUACCGAUCAAGAGGCCAUCGCCCAGAUAUUGGACUUCAUCUCGGCCCAGACGCACAUCCCGAUUCUGGGUAUCCGUGGAGGCUCUUCCAUGAUUAUGGCCGCCAAGGAUGACCAUUCCAUGUUCUUCCAGUUUGGUCCCUCUAUAGAGCAGCAAGCGUCUGUUAUGCUUAACAUCAUGGAGGAAUAUGAUUGGUACAUAUUCUCCAUCGUCACUACCUACUACCCUGGAUACCAGGACUUUGUCAAUCGGAUCCGGAGUACCGUCGAGAACAGUUUUGUCGGCUGGGAGCUGGAAGAGGUGUUGCUGCUGGACAUGUCGGUAGAUGACGGCGACUCAAAGAUCCAGAACCAGAUGAAAAAGCUUCAAAGUCCUGUUAUACUCCUCUACUGCACUAAAGAAGAAGCCACGACAAUUUUUGAAGUGGCACAUUCUGUGGGUCUCACGGGUUACGGUUACACCUGGAUCGUACCUUCGCUGGUGACAGGGGAUGCAGAUAUCAUACCCAGCGUCUUUCCAACAGGUUUGAUCUCCGUGUCCUACGAUGAGUGGGACUACGGUCUGGAGGCUCGAGUGCGUGACGCUGUAGCCAUAAUCGCCAUGGCAACCUCUACAAUGAUGCUUGAUCGGGGUCCUCACACGCUGCUUAAGUCUGGAUGCCUCGGUACACCUGACAAGAAAGGCAGCAAGUCGGGAAACCCCAACGAGGUGCUGAGGUACCUCAUGAACGUGACGUUUGAAGGGCGUAACCUCUCCUUCAGUGAAGAUGGUUCUCAGAUGCACCCGAAGUUGGUCAUUAUUCUGUUAGAUAAGGAGAGGCAAUAUGACCGGGUAGGUAAAUGGGAGAACGGCUCUCUAAGUAUGAAGUACCACGUGUGGCCUCGGUUCGAGCUCUACUCGGACGCAGAAGAACGUGAGGACGACCACCUGUCCAUUGUUACGCUGGAGGAGGCUCCGUUUGUUAUUGUGGAGGAUGUUGACCCUCUCAGUGGCACCUGCAUGAGGAACACAGUACCCUGUAGAAAGCAGCUUAAAAUCCAAAACCAGACUGGAGAUUCAGGGAUCUAUAUUAAACGCUGUUGCAAGGGCUUCUGUAUAGACAUCCUCAAAAAGAUUGCCAAGUCUGUCAAAUUCACCUAUGAUCUCUACCUGGUAACCAAUGGGAAGCAUGGCAAGAAGAUCAAUGGGACAUGGAAUGGAAUGGUUGGUGAGGUGGUGCUUAAGAAUGCCCACAUGGCGGUUGGGUCUCUAACCAUAAAUGAAGAGAGAUCAGAGGUCAUUGACUUCUCCGUGCCCUUCAUAGAGACAGGAAUUAGUGUCAUGGUCUCUCGUAGCAAUGGCACGGUGUCCCCUUCUGCCUUUUUAGAGCCCUUCAGCGCUGAUGUCUGGGUAAUGAUGUUCGUUAUGCUGUUGAUAGUUUCAGCCGUAGCAGUCUUCGUCUUUGAAUACUUCAGUCCUGUUGGCUAUAAUCGCUGCUUGGCAGACGGGCGAGAGCCUGGUGGUCCAUCCUUCACUAUCGGAAAAGCUAUUUGGCUACUCUGGGGUUUGGUCUUCAAUAACUCUGUGCCCGUGCAGAACCCCAAAGGCACCACGAGUAAGAUCAUGGUAUCGGUGUGGGCCUUCUUUGCUGUAAUAUUCCUGGCCAGCUACACAGCCAACCUGGCUGCGUUUAUGAUCCAAGAAGAGUAUGUGGACCAGGUGACCGGCCUGAGUGACAAAAAGUUUCAACAUCCGAAUGACUACACCCCUCCUUUCCGUUUUGGCACCGUGCCGAACGGAAGUACAGAGAGAAACAUAAGGAACAACUACAAAGAGAUGCACGCCUAUAUGACCAGCUUCCACCAGAAAAAUGUGAACGAUGCCCUUCAAAGCCUGAAGACUGGUAAACUGGAUGCAUUUAUCUAUGAUGCAGCAGUCUUGAACUACAUGGCUGGCCGUGAUGAGGGCUGUAAACUGGUGACCAUCGGUAGCGGAUACAUCUUUGCCACCACAGGGUAUGGCAUUGCCAUUCAGAAAGACUCGGGGUGGAAAAGGGCAGUGGACCUUGCCAUUUUACAGCUCUUUGGAGAUGGUGAAAUGGAGGAACUCGAAGCCCUGUGGCUGACUGGCAUCUGCCACAAUGAGAAAAAUGAGGUGAUGAGCAGUCAGUUGGAUGUAGACAACAUGGCAGGUGUAUUCUACAUGCUGGGGGCUGCCAUGGCCCUGUCCCUCAUCACAUUCAUCGCAGAGCAUCUGUUCUACUGGCAACUGAGAUUCUGCUUCAUGGGUGUGUGCUCCGGCAAGCCCGGCAUCACUUUCUCCAUCAGCAGGGGCAUCUACAGUUGCAUCCAUGGUGUUCAAAUCGAAGAGAACAAAUCGGCACUUAACUCACCAUCAGCCACUAUGAACAUGAACAUGAACAACACGCACUCCAACAUUCUCCGCCUGUUGCGUACUGCCAAGAACAUGACCUCUGUGCCCGGGGUCAACGGUUCACCGCACAGCGCAUUGGACUACAGCCAUCGUGAGUCCGCUGUUUAUGACAUCAGUGAACACCGGCGUAGCCUAGCAGGCCACUCUGACUGCAAGCCUCCACCACCUUACCUGCCAGAGGACAACAUGUUCAGCGACUAUGUAAGCGAGGUGGAGAGGACUUUUGGGAAUUUGCACCUGAAGGACAGCAACCUGUACCAGGAUCAUUACCUACAUCACCAUGGGGGCACGGGAUCCGAACUGGCUCUCGGUAUGUCGGGUCCCCUGCCUAACCGACCACGUAGUUUAGGCAGUGCCAGUUCAUUGGAGGGUGGGUACGAUUGUGACAGUUUAGGGGGAGGGGUAGCGCCCAUCUUCACCACCCAGCCACGCCAGUCACUGACACACCGGAACAGGGAAAAGUUUGACCUGAUUGCAGGUCACCCAACCCAGUCAAGCUUCAAGUCCGGCCUGCCAGAUCUGUACGGGAAGUUCUCCUUCAAGGGUGGGGCAUCCAGUUCAGGGUUUAUUCCAGGACAUGACAGGUACUGCGGGGGAGGUGGGGUGGGAUCGGGAGGCGAUGAUGGAAACAUACGUUCUGAUGUGUCCGAUAUUUCGACUCACACCGUAACCUACGGGAACCUUGAAGGGCACGGCAAACGGCGCAAACAGUACAGGGACAGCCUGAAAAAGAGACCUGCUUCGGCCAAGUCUCGUCGUGAGCAGGAUGAGAUUGAGCUUGGCUUCAGAAGACGCACCCACCACACUAUCCAUCAUCACCACCACCAUCCAGCGACACAAGCACAUCGCUCAGCCACCCCGCCUGUGGAGCGCAAGAGCCAGAGAAGUGGUAACUGCACCUCUUAUUUAUUCAGAGACAAAGAGAAUUUGAGGGACUUCUAUGUGGACCAGUUUCGAGCCAAGGAAGGGGCAUCCCCAUGGGAGCAUUUGGAUUUAGGUGAUGCUCCAGGAAUAGGAGGGGGUGGUUGCGGUGGCGUAGUUAGUGGUGGUGGGGGAGCAUGCACUAGCUUGGUUCCCAUGGAAGAUUUCCUGAAAGGUAAAUCCAAAAAGACAGAGUGUAAGGGUGGAAUGGGAGGAGGAUCACCUGGGCAGCAGGGCCAUGCAUGCUGGGAAAAGGGCAUUGGAGGGGUCGGCGGGUUGGCUGGAGGGGAUUGGGAAUGUCGGAAUUGCCACAGCGGAGGAGUUGGAGGAAGCAAGCCAGUUUGCAUGCAUGGGGGAGGUGGGGGUGGGGGUUACCCAACUGCUGGGGGACCAAGUGGAGGAGGUGGAGGGAGUGGGCAAAUCUCAAGCCGUCCUAGUUCAGCCUCCUGCAAGCGGUGUGAUUCGUGCAAGAAACCAGGCAACUUGUAUGACAUCAGUGAGGACAACCACCUCCUCCUGGAUCAAAUUGGGGGCCAGCGCCCUCUGGAGAGCGUAAAGGGAGGGGGAGGCACAGGGGCCCAAACCCAGGUACAGAGGCGGAAAUUUGGCCCAGGUGGUAAGGUUUUGCGCAGGCAGCAUUCUUAUGAUACAUUUGUAGAUCUGCAGAAGGAAGGGGCAAGCAGGAUGGGUGGGUUUGGAGGUGGUGGUGGUGGUGCAUCAAUGCUUCCUCCACCCCGAAGUGUGAGCCUAAAAGACAAAGACCGGUACAUGGAGGGCACGAGCCCCUACGCCCAGAUGUUUGAGCAGUACGCGGGAGGGGAUCAGGAGACAAGCUAUUUUGGUGCAGGGGACAGAGGAAAGGGUGGGGGUUCAUCAUUUAGCUUAUUCCGUGGGGGUGAAGGUGGGUUGCAUCGUCGCUCCGUGGGUGAGAGAGACAUGAGGGACAGGGAUAGAGGCAUGAUGGGAGGAGGUGUGGGCGGUACCCGAGGGGUCGGGACUUACUCCUUGUCUAAAUCUCUCUACCCAGAUAAGGUGAACCAGAACCCAUUCAUCCCAACCUUCGGCGACGACCAGUGUCUAUUACACGGCGCCAAAUCAUACUACAUCAAAAAGCAGCAGGCACAGCAGCAACAGACGCCACAACAGCAGCAGCAGCAGCUCCUCAACAACAGUCGGGCUGACUUCCGGGGCUCCAUGGGGGUGACUUCCUAUUUGCCUGCCUCUGCCACUUCUGGGGUGUUGUCCAAUGUGGCCCCUCGGUUCCCCAAAGAGCUAUGUCUGGGCGGGCCUCUUGGCAACCACCACGGUGGAGGACCUAGCAACAACAAGCUGCUGUCAGCAAGGGAUGGGUUAGGAAUGGGGCAAGGACAGAGACCGUUUAACGGCUCAAGCAACGGACAUGUUUAUGAGAAGCUUUCCAGUAUAGAGUCUGAUGUCUGAAGGGAGGAGUCAGAAGCAGAUAUAUAUAUGUUCGAAAGAGGCGAAUGGACAUGCGAACAAGAGAGGAACAUGAAAAGGCAGUGUGUAAUUAGUACCUUCAUGCUUGAAAAGGAAGAGGAAACUGUGUGUAAGGAACUGACUCAUGCUUUAAUUAAGUGGAUGAUGCGCUGUCAAGCAUGCGUAUGUAUAUAGAGAGAGGGGACCUGCCCACUGUUGAAAAGUUGAGAUUAGGGGAAAAACCUGUUGAUUCCUCUUUUAUUCUCUCUUUUUUUGUAUAUCCCACCACGUCCCUGCUCCUGUCAUCGAAACAGUGGCCAAUGCACAGAUUGCAGAUGGGACAACUGUGUACAAUCCUUUGUACAAUCGUGGAUGGAAAUCAAUUACCGUUUUAAACAACAGGGUAAAACUUACAAUAAUUGUAUUGAUAAUGUUCUUGAUAAUAAUAUUAUUAUAUAUUAUUACAAUGUUUAUGAUGUUCCAUUUGGGCUUGGUUUAUGGGUGUUUUAUGCUGUUGCAUAUUUGUACUGUAGUUUAAGUUAUUAGUUAACAAACCACUUUGCAGGAGGCUUAUUUAAUUUCUUAAUCGAGCUUAUUUGAUUGUCAGUUGAGUUGUAGACAAACCAUAAAGGUUCUUUAUUAUUGAUUAUUCAAGUUUAUUUUACCAGUAUGGAGUGCUGUAAAAUGUGUGAACAAGGCAUGAUUUGCAAAGUACUUCAGCUGUACUUAAGGAAA